UUCUGAAGACCUCAAAUGGACGUCAUCAACGAGCGACAAUUAGCACGAAGGUUCCGAAUGCAGAAGCUCGCUGUUGCCUACUAAACAAACAAUCGAGCCAUUUAAUUUUGAGUGAAAUCAAAAAAUGCCUAAAGUGAAAAGGAGUAGAAAACCACCUCCAGAUGGUUGGGAGCUGAUAGAGCCAACUCUUGACGAAUUGGAUCAGAAAAUGCGCGAAGCUGAAACCGAGCCUCAUGAGGGGAAACGUAAAGUUGAGUCUCUAUGGUCAAUCUUCAGACUCCAUCACCAACGCAGCCGUUACAUAUUCGACCUAUUUUACAAAAGAAAGGCCAUCAGUCGAGAGCUAUAUGAGUAUUGCAUCAAAGAAGGAUAUGCAGACAAGAAUCUGAUUGCCAAAUGGAAGAAACAAGGCUAUGAAAAUCUGUGCUGUCUGCGGUGCAUUCAGACACGUGACACUAACUUUGGGACAAAUUGCAUAUGCAGAGUGCCCAAGAGUAAGCUUGAAGUGGGUCGUAUUAUUGAAUGCACUCACUGUGGAUGCAGAGGAUGCUCUGGAUGAGUCAAGAAGGAAACAACUUUUGCAUUGUGUUGGAACAUUAGGGCUUUGUACUUUUAAAUAUCCUUAACGGGUUGUUAUUACAAUGUCAGAUGUGUGGUGAAAUCAAAUUGAUUAUUGUUUGUGUAUUCUUUGAUUUGUAUUAUUUUAUUAAACUGCUGUAUCUUAA